CAUAUGCUUUAGAUGAAGCGACUAGUAGGUAUAUACACACACUUAACAAGGACAUACAUUUAGACACGAGUUGAGUGAGAAGGGCGCAUAAUAGAUAAGCACAUUCUAGCGUUACGGUCACAUACACACACACACACAAAUAUACGCAUUUAUACACACACACACAUUUAUAUAUAUAUAUAUAUAUAUAUACACGCAUUUAUAGGACGGGCUGAAUGAAAAAAGAAAAGCAAUAGGUGAUAUGGGAGUGUGAGAGAGAGCGAGAAAGUGAGAGAGAAACAUACUAGAAAAGAAAAAGAGAAAGAAACAUUGUAACAGAAGAUAGAGAGAAACGUAUUAGAACAGGACGACGAGAGAGAGAGAGAGAGAGAGAGAGUGUAUUAGAACAGAAAGAAAGAGGAAAUAGAGGGAGGGAGAAAAAGAAAAAGGAAGAGACAGGGGAGGAAGAGAAAGAGAGAGAGAUUCUGAGAUUUUGAACAGUCGUUGUUUUCAGAUUGAGUCAGGCUGACGGAAAGUUAUUUGUGAUCUUCAUUUUUGUUUUUGACCCUACUUUUAAUUCAUUUUAAAUCUUUAACUAUUUGCUACUGCGAAACGGAUCGCUAAACAACACAAUCACUACCUUAUAAUUAUAUAUUCGACUAUAUAUUUAUAAACAAGAUCACACACACACGUAUAAUAUGAUAAUUUUAAACAGGUUCUCUUAUUCAAGUCUUGGAAAAACACGCUACCGAUUCAUGUGUUACUUAACUAUCUUACUGUUUCAAUUAUUCUAUCCGCUUUUUGCAUUUAAUAUCGAUACGAAAUAUGCUCGGGUUUACAGCGGCAAAACUGAGACUUACUUUGGAUAUUCGGUGGGUCUGGCUCACCUUACAUCGGCCACUAAUAAUGUACUAAUCGGUGCUCCUAAAGAUAAUUAUGACAAGUGUAAAAACUCAGAAUUUAGCAAGACAGGUGUCGUCUUUUCCUGUUCUUCAAGUACUGAUGACUCCUGCUCAAAAUUCUGUAUCCAUAAUUUAGAAUCCUCUAUAGAUGAAGACAUUCAGAAUGUAAGCAAUGCCUGGCUUGGAGUGAGUAUAGACAUCAAUCCACAUAAGGAAGAGUUUGUGACAUGUGGACAUCGCUGGAAAUCUUCUGUGGUUGAUGAUAGUUAUCUUAAAACACUUUACAUGAAAGGGUUCUGUGUGGUCAAUACAUUCAAUGAUCCAAAAGAUCGCAGACUUCUUUUCAUGAAAUCAGACAAUAUUACAGCUGGUGGAACAUCAGUGAAAUAUACCCAGGACGGUCAGAAUAUUAUUGUCGGUGUUCUUGGGAGAGAUAGAUAUCCAGGUGGAAUAAUUUUGUUUCCCAAUAAAGGAGAAACUCCAGCAGGAAAGCCUUUGUUACUGCAGUCUGACAUUGAUAACAAUUAUGCUGGUUAUGCUGUAUCUUCUGGAAAAUUCUUUAAUGAUAAAUAUGAAUACUAUGUCAUGGGUGUACCUCGAGAUGGCAGUGGAGCUGUGCUAAUAACAGACAAAAAUAACCACAUUGUACAACGUUUGCAGUCAGAAUCGAAAGAAAUUGGGUCAUAUUUUGGAAUGAAACUGUGUGUAGCAGAUGUCAACAAAGACGGUCUGGAUGAUUUGCUAGUUGGAGCUCCCAUGGAACCAGGACAAUCUAGAGAAGAAGGACAGGUUAUUGUUUAUCUCAGUGAUGGCAAGAAACUUCAGAAGAAACUUGUACUGUUUGGUGACAAAGAAGAAGGAGGUCGCUUUGGUAGUGCAAUGACCAGUAUUGGUGACAUUAACCAAGAUGGUUUCAUUGAUAUUGCCAUUGGUGCCCCCUAUGAAAAUAAGCUAGAAGGAGCUAUUUAUAUCUACAAUACAAAUAAAGAAGGACUUCCUUCUACAUACUCCCAGAAAAUAACUGGUAAAGAUGCUGCUAUGGGAAAAGACAUGAAAGGAUUUGGAAUCUCAAUUUCUGAUUCUGUUGAUGUGAAUAAAGACAAUUGUCCUGAUUUUCUUGUUGGCGCUUAUUUGUCAGAUCAAGUCAGACUUUUAUUUUCUCGUCCUGUGCUUGAUUUAAACCUGGAAUUAUUACCUGAAUCACAGAAAAUUAAUUUUACAAAGUAUAAUUGUCCAAGUCAUGGGAACAAAGCUGUGUGUUUCAAAGUGAAAUUAAAGUUUAGUUAUGUACAAAAUAACAAACAAAUUCCUCCUAGAAUAGACCUCGAAGGCCAGUUAGCAACUGGUUCGCAGCCUCAGAUGAAUUUGUCGCAUAGUGUACAGUCAUUUGGUUUCAAACUUGAAAGUGGGAAAAAAUCUGAAAAGGAAUUUCAGAUUAUUGUAAAGGAACACCCAAAUAUUUUCCAGCCCAUUCACAUCACCAUUAAAAUGGCUUUGGCUAAAAACACCACUUGUCAAAUAUGUCCAAUACUAAGGACACAGACCUUUGUAAAAAAGAUUCCAUUUGAACUUGAGUGUGGUGAUGAUGAUAAAUGUACAACAGAUCUUAAAGUUUCUGCUUCAACAUCACUCAAGUAUUUGCUGUAUCAGAAGGAGGAAAAAUUCGACAUCAAUGUUAUUGUGUCUAACGGCAUCAAUCACGCUUAUAAUUCAUUUGCUACUUUCAUUUUCCCCCAAUAUCUUCAGUACAUUCAAGCCAUCAAAACUAAAGUGCAACCAGGCUUCGAAUGUUCAACAGAUAGCUCACUAGAAGAAGACAUGGUUCGUUGUACUCUGGGCAAUCCAUUGCCUAAAAAUACUGUCAGCACAUUUGCUUUAAGGUUCUCAUCAACCGGAAGAAUUGAUCAACCAGAAAAUGCUAUAAAUAUCAGUGUCAAAACAAAAAGUUUUGAAACACCGCAAGAUUUGAAAAAUAAUAAAAUGACUAUUAAUAUUCCUAACAGGAUGAAGGCUUUUACAGAUUUCUAUGGAAACUCAAAUCCUGAUCUCUUGAGCUCGGAAACUAAAAACAUAACAGUCACUCAUGUGCUGGCUGUAUACAACCAUGGGCCAAGUCCUUUGUUUGGAGUUACAUUAAAUGUCACAUUGCCGAGCCUCCUCAGAGACAAACCUGAUUUAAUACAAAGAAUAUGCAAGAAUCCAUCUUGUCCCACUUCAUUCCACUUGGGAAACAUAAGCAAAGGAUUUAAUAGACAAAUUGACAUUGUUUUUAGUGUCAAUGAAAAAAUUCAUUCGGUAAAAAAGGACUUAAAAUAUCUGGAGACGAAAGCUGUUUUGGCUAGAAAAGAUCAUCGACUAUACAUUCCUGAUAAGAAUCAAUGGCCAUGGAAGAUAUCAGUGCAAACUGUCUUCCAAGUCGAAGCUGAACCUAUUGCCUGGUGGAUUAUUCUUCUUUGUAUACUUGGUGGCAUUUUAAUUCUUGCUCUCUGUAUUGUUUUGUUUUGGUGGCUUGGAUUCUUCAAGCGCAAUAAAGUCAAUCGUGAUGAAGAUGAGAAGUCUUUUGUUGCCAGUGAAAAGUUAUCAAAUGAACCAGAAGAAAAUAAUGUUGAACCAGAAAAAAAGACAAACGCGGAUGAUAAUUUUUUAUAGCCUUAUACUCAUUAUUUAAAUUAAUGUGUAUAUUGUGUGUGUACAUGUGUGUGUACUCUGCGUUUUAAGUACAUGGUUGGCAGUGUGUGUAUAAGUUUGUAUUGGUCUGUGUGUUUGAGUGAGGAUAGUGGGGGAGGGGGUUAAAAUUAUAUUCCAUUUCAAAAAGAAUCAUGUCUGUUACCAAAUAAGAAUGUAAGGAUAUGUAUUACAAAGAAAAACUGUCAAAAUGCAGUGCGAAUUUAGAGAGAGAGAGAGGAGAGAAACGUAUGUUUGUGUGUGUGUGUGUGUGUGUGUUAACACAUAUAUAAUAUGAAAGCAUAACAAUAAUAAUAUUAAUAAUUUUUUUUAUAAAACUUUUGCCUUCAUUUUAAAAAAUAGAAAUAUUAAUUUAAAAUUGCUUUUUAAAUAUUUAUUUACCAAUUGUUUCUAAAAAUAUUUUAUCUGUGACAGAACCCAUUCCUUAAAUGACUUGAAAAUUCUUCAUCAUCAUCAUUAUUAAUUGGCAGUAUCGUUAGCACACUUGAGUUCCAGUUUCGUCAAGGUCAACUUUGCCUUUCACCCUUUGGGGGCAAUAAAAUAAGUGCCAGUCAAGUUCUGGGGUCAAUAUAAUUGAUUUCCCACUCCCCUUGGAAAACUGCUGGCCCUGUGCGAAAAUUUGAGACCAUCAUUAAGGUAGCAAGCUUUCACAGUUGCCUGCAUACAGGACGAAAUGCUCAAUGGCCAGUCUUAAUGUUCUGAGUUCAAAUUCCGCCGAGGUUGACUUUGCCUUUCAUCUUUUGAAGAUAGAACGAGUAUCAGUCAAGCACUGGGAACGAUGUAAUCAACUAACCCCCUCCCUCAAAAUUUCAGGCCACAUGCCUAUGGUAGAAAGGAUUAUUAUUAUAAUUACUAUUAUUAUUCUGAAAGACUCUCGGAUAGUUCUUAAUUACCGGUUAUUCUUUACUUGAAAGCAGGCAAUAACAAAUCACCAAAAGUUUCAAGUAGUGUCUUCUCCAGUGACUCAAAGAGACAAUACUCCUUAGAAUGCGAGCUGUACCCAACAAUGCCAUCUUCUGGAUCACCUUGAGCCUGACAGCAGCUCCAAUAUUCUUAAUAUGAUAUUCAAAGCCCUUGGAAACUGCUCCUGAUGCUCCAAUUACCACCGAUAUCACCAUUACUUUCAUCAUGCCCCAUAAUUUUCCUAUCUCAUCCCGCAGUGGCUGGUAUUGCAACAUCUAUUUUCUUUGGUUCUUUUUCAUCUUUAUGGAUGAUCACGAUAUCUGGCCGUCUCGCCUCUAUGACUUGGUUGCACUGUAUGUUAAAAUCUCUGAGUAUUUUGUAAUGUUCAUUUUCCAUUACUCCCUCUGGCUUAUGUUCAUACCAUUGUUCGGUUCUCUCGAGGCUUGCUUUACUGCACAACAACCAGUGGACAUAUCUGGCCACGUUGUUGUGUCUCCUUUUGUAUUCGCAUUGUGCAAGCUUUACAGCAUUCACUAACAAUAUGGUUUAUACAUUCACCCUUCUCAGAGCACAUCCUACACUGUGGCGAGUCAGUGCUUUUAUCAGUGUGAUAUUUGGAGUAGUUUGUUUUGAGAGCUUGUUCUCAAGCGAUGCACACUAAUACCUCAGUGGGCCCUUUUAAGUCUCGUUUCUGCAGCCAUUGCCAGGUUCUAUUCCAAUCAAUCUCAUCUUUAUUCUUCAAGAACUGACUGUGCAUUUUCUUGUCCUGCCAAAUUUUCUUCAUCUGCUCUCUCGGGUCUUUCUUAAAUAGUGCUAGAUCUACGGCUUUGUUCACUUUUAAGGUUCCCUGCAUUUUCACUGCUUCAAUCAUUUCUUCUUUCCCCCCCUUGACAUACCAAACCAGGUUAUUCUCCUCUUCCCUUACACAACCUUCACAACACACCAAUCCCCGUCCUCCUUCAUCCCUUUUUAUAUGCAAUCGUGACACAUCACUCUUGGGGUGUAGUUCCUUGUUCAUUAUCAUUAAUUUACGUGUUCUCCGGUCUAUCUCUUGUAAUUCAUGCUUCUUCUGAGAUACUAUUCCUGCCCCAUAUCUCAUCAAAGCAACCACCCAUGUGUUAAUUGCUCUAAUCUUAUAGUGACCAUUUAGCUUUGAUUGGAGCACAAGCUGAGUUCUCCUCAAAUACUCUUUCCUGUACAUUUCUUUCAUCUUGUGUUCAAUCAUCUUAUCUCUUUCAAUGAUAUCCAGGUACUUAUAUGCUUCCUCUCUGACUUUCUUUAUAGUUUCACCACUUUCCAGCUUGAUCCCAUGGCUUUUACUGAUUUUCCCCCUUUUGAGAAUCAUUACACCACAUUUCUCAAUCCCAAAUUCUAUGCCAAUAUUUUUGCUAAUCAUCUGCACAGUUGCCACUAAACUCUCAAUUUUUUUCUCAAUCUUAGCAAAUAGAUUUAGGUAAUCCAUAAACCACUGGUUGUUUACUUUCACCCUGCCUAGCAUGUACCCCACACGCAUCUUUAUUAAAACACUGGUUAGUGGCAGUAUGCAGACAACAAAUAGGAGAGGCAACAGACUGUCCCCCUGAAAGAUUCCUCUUUUGAUAUUUACCUCUCUCAGCUUAUCUCCCCAUGCUGUGAGUUCAGUUCGCCACGUUACCAUUGAGUUUUGUAUUAACUUCAGGAUAUUGUGGGAGACCUUAAACAGAUUAAGGCAUUCAAUAAUCCACAAGUAUUGGGACCAUGUCAUAAGCUUUCCUGUAGUCCACCCAUGCCAUUGCCAAAUUUUUGUGUCCCUUCUUGCAGUCAGCCAGGAUAGUCUUAUCGAUUUGUAAUUGAUCCUUCAUUCCUCUGUUCUUACAUCUACACCCCUUUUGUUCCACUGGUAGUAGGUCGUUCUCAUCUAGGUACUUAUAGAUGCUGUUCAAUAUGAUGGCUGUCAUCAGUUUCCACAUCAGUGGCAAACAAGAUAUUGGUCAGAAAUUUCCAACUGCAUUCCCUUUUGGGUCCUUCUGGCAUAGUACUGUUCUUCCUUUUGUCAUCUAGGCCGGUACUUGGAUGUCACUGCUCAGUAUUUCGUCCAGCUGUCUCGCAAUUCUCCUGUGCAGAGCUGUCAAGUUUUUAAGCCAAAAGCCCUGAACCCUCUCUGGGCCAGGUGCUUUCCAGUUAGGAAUUCUCCUGCACUAUUCUCUAAUCAUCUCCUCAGUUAUUCUCAAAUCCUCCUGCUGAUACUCUCCACUCUUCUCUUUGAGUGCCUUUAACCACUCUGCUUCAGUUUCAUGUUGUUUCUCUUGAGACCAUAUGUUUGCCCAGAAUCUUUUGCUUUCUUCAGCAUCUGACAUGGCUUUUUCACCAUUUUCUUUCACAUUCAGCUCCUGAUAGACUCGUUUCUGAUUUUGUUCGAAAAGUCUGUUUAAUCUGUAUUGCUCAAUUCUCUGUUCAUAUCUCUUUAUGUGCUUUAGCUUUCAACCUCUUUUUUAAUUCUUUAAUCACAACAUUGAUUCCCUCAUUCUUCAUCCUAUAUUUCCUCUCUAGCUCAACAUAUUUCUCUCACUGAGCUUCAUUUCUUUUUUUCUGUUCCAGAAUAUUAAUGUUUUCUGGUCUUGUUAAUAGACUGCAUUAUUCUCCUUUUCCACUGUGGCUCCUUCAGGUUAUGUUGACAUUUACCUUUGGCUUUCAAACCUAACUUCUUUCUGUCUAUUUUUUUAAACCUCAUAUGAAAGCUCUGUUCACCAGAGGUCCAAAUAUCAAUGAUUUCAUUUAAAAUGGAUAUCUGUUCCUCGAUUCUCUCAUCGCUUUCCUGAUCAAUAAUCUCAGCCUCAUGCUCGUUUUCUUCCUUUAACUUUACUGCUAUAGUUUCACUAUCUGCAUUUUCUUCCUCAUCCUUCCAUUCACCGUUGGUCUUACUAUCCCUAAACACCCAUUUCUUAAUGCUUUCUUGUUCAACUGGAGAUAACCAUUCAUUCUUUCUGAUGGCUCUAGCUUGGUCACACAAAUUUUGUUCACUUAAUUCAAAUAGGCCUCUGUAGCUCCAUGCCCUGUGCAUCCUUUUCUUAUAUCCCCUAGUGGGUACUUCAUUGUCAUUUCUCGGAUUACCUACAAAGAAGCACUCCAUUACAGCCACAUUCAUUUCUUUCAUCCACCUUCUUUUAGCAGUUGCUUGAUGAUAACUGGGCCCAUGUUGCUCACCCUUGGGGCACCCACUGAACAAGAGACCUUCACAAGUCAUUUCAGCCACAUUCACGCUGUUCUCAUUUCUAUUUUUAUUUGACAUUUCAGCACUCAUGAUGAGGGUUAGUGAAUUUUAGAUUGCACAACCACCAGUAAUUUUUUUUCCCCGUGACACCAUAACUGACAGGAUCUCCACCCUAGGAUACAGGAUUCCUGUAAUCCUGGUUUACUUUUUGGAGUUUCCAUCUCCGCCAAGGAAUGUUCAAGAGUCAUGAUUGCUUCUGCCUCUUAGGUAUACACUAUUUUGGUGGCUGUUGCCUCAUAAGAGUUCAUUAGCCUUUAUACAGGUGUUGUUUUUCUUCCUAUACGGUGUCAAAAUAGCAAGAAUCAUACACCCUCCUCACAGAGCAAGCUCUGCUGGGCUGCUGGGUGGCGAGCUGGCAGAAUCGUUAACAUGCUGGGCGAAAUGCUUAGCAGUAUUUUGUCUGUCUUUACGUUCUGAGAUCAAAUUCUGCCAAGGUUGACUUUUCAUUUCAUCCUUUUGGGGUUGAUAAAUUAAGAACCAGUUGUGUACUGGGAUCGAUCUAAUCAACUGGCCCCCGUCCCCCAAAUUUCAGGCCUUGUGCCUAUAGUAGAAAGGAUUAUUAUUAUUAUUAAGGCAGCAAGCUGGCAGAAUCAUUAACAUGAUAGACAAAAUACUCAGCAGCAUUUCUUUUGACUCUUUAUGUUUUGAGUUCAAAUUCCACUGAGGUCAACUUUGCCUUUCAUCUUUUCAAGUUCGAUAAAAAAAAAAAAGGUACCAGUUGAACUACAGAGGCAAUAUAAUUAACUUCUCUAUCUCUUCAAAAUUACUGACCUGAUGCCAAAAAUUAGAAAGAAUGAUGAUGAUUAUUAUUAUUAUCAUCAUCAUCAUCAUCAAGCAGUGAGCUGUCAGAGUCAUUUGUACACUGGACAGAAUACUUAGCAACAUUUCUUCUAGCUUUAUAUUCUGAAUUCGAUGAAAUAAAUACCAGCUGAGUACUGGAACCGAUGUACCUGACUUAUCCCCACCCACUAAAUUUCAGGCCAUGUGCUAAUAGUAGAAAAAAAUUAUUAUUAUUAUUAUUAUUAUUAUUAAUAUUUUUAUUUAUUUCAUUAACCACCCUUUGAGAAUCUAGAAUGCUUUUCACCAUAAAUAUUUCUGCCCAAAUCUCUUUGCCUUCAUUUAAAUAAAAACAGAACAAAUGUUCUUUAGUCAAUGCCAAUAAGAAUGUGAAGAUACCAACUUCACUCAAAGAUUUUUCCUUUUGUUUUUUUUUCUCCACCUCCUUAUUAGUGUGCAGUUUAAGUACAAAAAAAAUUUUAAAGCAUAACUCUAGGCCUCUUUUAUGUCAAUUUUUUUAUAUUUCUUUUUUUUUUUUUUUAAACAAAAGGAAAACCAUUAUUUUUGUAAUUAAAACAAAAAUAAGCUUAAAUUUUCUUGUUUUAUUUUUGUAUAAAUACAUUUUUCAAAA